AUGCAAAUACAAGUAUAUGAGAGGUUGUGUGAAAAUUAUUCGUCUCCUGCCGAACUACAAAGACACAGACUCAAAGUUCUUCUUCUGGACACACUGGCUUUUCUCUCUCUUCUCUUCUUUGUGGAUAUUAUGGCUAAUAACACAACAAGUUUAGGGAGCCCAUGGCCAGAAAACUUUUGGGAGGAUGUGAUAAUGUCCUUCACGGUAUCCGUGGCAACGGUACUUGUAAUCGGAGGAUUUAUCUGGGCUUUGUCUGUCUGUUUGUCUCGAAGAAGGGCCAGCGCCCCCAUCUCGCAGUGGAGUUCAAGCCGGCGAUCCAGAUCUUCGUAUACCCACGGCCUCAACAGAAAUGGAUUUUACCGCCACAGUGGCUGUGAACGUCGAAGCAACCUCAGCCUGGCAAGCCUCACUUUCCAGCGACAAGCUUCCCUGGAACAAGCCAAUUCCUUUCCAAGAAAAUCAAGCUUCAGAGGCUCAACUUUCCACCCCUUUCUGCAAUGCCCACCACUUCCUGUGGAAACUGAGAGUCAGCUGGUGACUUUCCCUUCAUCCACUACCUCCUCCACCAUCAACACUUCCCACAGCCUGGGCCGUCCAGAUUUCCACUGGUCCAAUAACAAUCUUCGGAUUGGCAUUUCACCACCACCCCCACCUGCUUAUGAGUCCAUCAUAAAGGCUUUCUCGGACUCCUGAGUAGGGUGCUUCUGUUUUCGUUUCUUUCUUUUCUUGUUUUUUAUUGAAGGGAAAUUACAAAUAGGCAAAACAGAAUUUUGAGGACAUGGCCCAAAUGCCUAAUGAGUUUCCAAGCUGAAAUAUGCACACACAAGUUGGACAUCACAAUGUAAAACAGAUUUCCUUUUUUUUUUUUUGUCUCACACACAAAAAUAAUAUUUUUCCAAAUAGUUAUAUAUUUAUGUAUUUUGUAUUCAACGUGGGAAUUUUUAAAGUUAGCGAUUCUUACCAAAGAAUCAACUGGAUACAGUAUAUAUGUCUUUUAGACUAAAACAAAAACUUUGGAUUUUUGUGGUUUACAAUUUUUACUCAAUGUCCAAUGUGACUAUAAAGGGGAAAAAAUUACUGUGUAACUUUAAAAAAUUCCUGUCUUAAGGGAUUUUAGUUUAACUUUCUUAAGAAAGACAAGUGAAUCAUUUGACAAUCUUGGAUUUUUAGUGAUUUUAUGGACAUAAAAUGAUGGAACAUAGGAGAUUCUAUAGUUUCUUGAUUUUACUCAUUUGUGACAAGUGAGGAAAUCAAGCAAAGAAAGCUGAACUCAGUGAGUGUUACAGAAUAGUGCAAUUCUGACACUUAUUUUUCCCCCAACUCCUUUUGUUCUUUUCCCAAGAAUAGUUAUCCUCUUUACUGAGGCAAAAUCCUCAGAUUUACUCACUUGAUGAUUUGACCUUUCUUUACUGUUUUCGUUAUAUUGUUGUAAAAACAAUAGCAAAUCCAAUUCAUUUGCUCUAAAAACAAACUCUAAUACCGAGUUUACAUUUUUCUUAAGGGAUAAACUUUAUUCCUUACAUUUAAAUCUAGCAAUGGGGAAAGCUUGUUACCUAAGGAUUUUCUGUAACUUCAAAGACAAAUAAAGGAGGGCUAGUAGAGAGAAAGUCUGUUAUCCAAAUUAGAUGUUACAGCCGUGAAGAAUUUUCCUUCCUGGAUGGGCCCAUCAGUCAUCAUCUUUUAUUUACUUCUCUAUGGAUUUCAACCUCAGCUUCUGUGAAGAGUCUUUGUACAAAGAUGAAACUAUGCCAGCUGGUCCUUGGUGCAGACAGUUAUUUAAGGAGUCCAUCUCCACAAGAAGCCACCCUUUUAAAGGAAGAGAGCUUCAGUGGCCAGAGAUGACUGGCUGGUCUUUUUCAUUUAAGGACAUGAGUUCCCAGAAUUAUUACUCAGAAGACCUGGGGUUUGUUUCUGAUAUAGUGAAUAUUUAGCUUAUGUUGCUGUUUCUUCUCUGAACACUGGGAUUUUCCGUGAAGAAAAAUGUCCUCUCAUGAUAAUUUCUGCAAUGCAGCAGUCCCAGCUAAUGGUGUCUGAAUACGAUUCAAUACUGUAAUAGAUAUUUACUCAAUAAAAGAUUCUGCAUAGCAUUUUCUUUAUUUUUUUUAGCUUACAUUUUCCACUGUUCCUCAAGAACAGUUAUGCUUAAUGAUGUCUAUAGUAAAUGUCUAUAAAUAGAUGCUUUCUAAUGCAAUAUACCUGAAAGGAGGAAGGAGGAGGGAAGGAAGGGACAGAGGAAGAAAGGAAGGAAAGAGAAAAAAAGCUCAAAAGAGCAAAUUUGUUGUAAGUUUUUUAAAUAAAAACUUAGUUAUAGCCACAUAAAAUUUUAAGAGAUCUUUGCUUGUUGCUGUUCAGUCGCUAAGUCGUGUCCAAGUCUGUGGGACCCCAUGGACUACAGCACACCAGGCCUCCCUGUCCCUCACUACCUCCUGGAGUUUCCUGGAAAUCAUGUCCAUUGAGUCAGUGAUGCCAUUCAACUCUAUCUUUGCUUGUAUGCCAUCUUUAAUGUCUAAUAUUCGAGGCAAGCAAAGUAUAUGGUUUUUGUGUAGAAUUUAUGUUGAGAGUAAAAACUGCUUCAUCUCUCUUAAAUAA